AUGCCACCAAAGCCUUCUGUUCGCGGCGAAUACAUCGAAACCGAAACUGGCAACAAGAUCAGUCGCCGAGCCAGCGUCCUGGGUCCGCGCCACAUCAUACUGGCUGGCAAAUGUGUCAUUCAACAAGACGUGGUAAUCCAUGGGGACCUUGUUCGUCCCCCACAGCCAAAACCUCCCUCGCAACAGCAGUCGGGCGACCAGAAGUCGGCAACCCAAGACCAAACCUCGAUUCACCUCGGUCGAUAUGUCUUCAUUAGUCCCGGCUGUACACUUCAUCCCCCUUCCCGCCUGACCACGGUCCCAAACCCGAACGGCGGUGAACCGCAGCAGAUCAUGACCUACUUCAUGCUCCGAAUAUCCGACUACGUCUACAUUGGUCCCAACACACACAUCCGUGCAGCUGAGAUCAGAAGCAAUGUUUGGAUAGGCGCCAACUGCACGAUUGGGAACAUGGUCAUGAUCAAGGAUAACGUGAAGAUCUUGGAUGGCACCGUCCUUCCUGCGAACACCGUCUGGGCUGGAGGCACAAUCAUUGCAGGACGACCAGGAAGAGUUGUGGGGGAGAUUGGUGAAGGUUGGGCUGCCGGUGGAAGCAGUGGCUCCUCCGUGGAUGAAGGAGUUGGAGUCAAGAGUAGAGAGAGAUGGGCUGCUGUUGGAAACAAGAGAUGA